AUGGAAACGGUUGAAUCGGUGAGUACCAGCCACGGCUUCGGAUAUCUCGUUGAUCAUAAUAUCUGCCUCACCUACGAGGAAUUUGUUGAGGAGUGCCUGGCUAGGGUUUCCCAAUCGUUGAAAUCGCUUUCAUUGUUUGGUUUUCCUUUUUUCCGGUAUAACUCGAACAUUUUGCUGCUGAUUUCUGAAUAUUGUCAUAAUCUUGUUAGCUUAAAGCUGCACUCUGGAUGGCUUUAUGUGGACAAUAUGAAUCCUAUGCCAAUGCUAACAACUUUGACUCUUGAAUCUCUAAGAUUAGAAGACAAACACUUAAACCAGUUGAACAAGUGUUUCCCCAAUCUUCAGCUCCUUUCAGAAUUCGCAAUCACAAAAACAGUAAAAAAUCUGACACUGGAUUCAGGAAACACGAAACCAACAGACAAUAGAGAUUCAAAGUUAACCAUAGGGAAGGUGUUCAUGGUUUUCCCGAACGUGAGUUCUCUAUGUCUUAAAUCAAGUGCUUGGUUAGAAGUAGAAGCUUCUAUGAACCAAGAAGGUUGGGGGUCUUUGGAUGGAAGAAAAGGAUUGAAAAGGAUAUGUGCAUAUUUGAAGUUAGGUGACCCCUCAUGGACUUUCUCAUCUGUUGCUUGUAUGUUGGACCAAUGCGUUGGCUUAUCAGAGGUCUCGUUGCUCGUCCAUGUGCGUCAUGUGGGUAAUGUGUGUCAUAAUUUCAUGUCAAACUGCAUCGCUCGUUGGCCUAGGUUGAAGUGGCGAUGGGGAAUAUGGAGUGAUGAAAUCCUGAAAGAUAUUUGGAUAAAGAUCCUUUAA